AUGGCAAUGAGCAGUUUAGAUCCAAGGACAGGUGGCACUUGUGUGAACUUCAUCGCGAAGAAAUUCUGCAGUUACGUCGUUGGUUAUGUGCAUUUGUUCCUUUGGAUAGGCGCCUUCUUUAUAUUGGUCUUCAAACCAUCUUCAGUACCGAAUAUGGUUAAAAAUGCUGACACUGCAACAACGGUCUUCGUCGGCUUCCUGGUUCUGUUCCUCAUAUUUAUUUCAGUUCUUCUACUUCUUGGAUUAUAUAAAGACCGACGACUGUUCGUUAAAGCAUACUGUAUUGCUGUUGUGGUAUACUUAGUACUACUGGCGUUAAGGAUUAUCGUCUACAUCUUUGUUCAACCACAGACGAUAAGCUUUUUCUCUUUGAUGCUUUCUUUUUUGAUGAAUCUGUUCUUCUUCUUCGUUGUCAGAUCUUACUACCUAAUUACAUACUGCAAUGGUUCUAACCAAUUGUUGGUAAAUCAACCUAAAGUUUAA